AAAGUUAUCAAUGUGUGCAUGGGGAAAAGACUUCCUAGUUGGUAGGACAAUUUGCAGAGUGAUGGAGAAGGAAGAAGAUUGAAGGCUACAGCCUACCAUCAAUCUCCCCUUCAAGUGUAGAAUCUUUGCAUCCAGAUGCAUCACUUGACCCCCUCUAAGUUACAUGUUGGUACCCCAACAUAAUCUGCCAGUGUCAUCUUGUAAUGCCUUCACUAGAAACAAACUAGAGAAAAUGAAUCAUGCAAUGAAAACUGUUGAAUGAGUCCUAUGGCACUGUUAUUGUGAAGCAUUUCUCUUAUAUAACAACAUUUAUUCAUGCAAUUAUGUAAAUAUAAGAUUGUUGGUGCCCUGCUUUGUGCUGGGCAAGUCAGCAUUAAGUGUGUUGGAGACUGCCAAGUUUGGAAGACCAUACUGCAAUUGGCUGGGGGGAGGGGAGGGAGGAAGAAGGGGAGUGAGAAUGUUGGAGGGUAAGGCAAUGAUCCAGGACACAGACAUGCCUGUGAAGAUGCAGCUCCAAGCCAUGUCCUCUGCCUCUCAGGCUCUUGACCUCUUUAAUGUCCUAGACUGCAACAACAUGGCUUGCUACAUCAAGAAGGAGUUUGAUCUAAGGUAUGGGUUUGGAUGGCAAUGUGUGGUUGGCUCCAACUUUGGGUGCUGCUUCACUCACACAAAGGGCACCUUCAUUUACUUCUGCUUGGAGACACUCCACUUCCUCAUCUUCAAAUGUUCUGCUGCUUGAGCCACCUAUCAAAGAGUCAAAAUAGUUGGAAUCCAAUUGGGAUAAAAAAUGGAGAUAUCUGUGAUGUGGGGCCAGUCUCUUCUUCCUCUAGCUCACACCUCAGGCAAGGAUUUCAUGCUUUAGGUCAUCCAUACAUGUAACCAAGUUAAGGAGUACUAAAGUUUCUAUCAAAUUCAG